AUGUUCGGUCGAUCACCACUUGCAAACAAUGUUUAUUGUCUUUUGAGUCAUCGUACAAGUUCGUUAUACGAAAUGUCGUUUAAGGUUGAAGCUGCUAUUAACGCGGCUUGUCAGAUUUGCGAGAAGUGCCCGUUUUACUUGAGCAUCUUACUCUGCAUACUCCAAAGGUUGGACUUAUCAUUCUCAGUCAUCAACGGCAUAUUUUACCACAACGCCAACUGCAUGUAUUCUGUCCAUUCUGCACAACCUGCUUUCACGAUCUCAACUUCGGGAGAUGUCAUUACUUGUAAAGUUUUGACAACAUAUCGUUGCUCCAAUUGCGCUUAUUCUUUUUUGAGUCGCGGCAACAUGGAAAGACACUACGCCGAUGGUCGUGAGGGAAACGUUUCCCCUAAAUGGACCAUCAAGCAAUUGGGUACUGCCAAUUGUUAUGCCUGCAUUGUUAACGGAUUAGUUGUGACGCGAUGUGCUAAAUGUAAAAUCGCCGCUUAUAAAUCGAUUUUGAAGUUUGAAAAACUUUCCAAAGAAAACCUUGUACGUUACAUUGCUACUAAUGGAGGAUAUUUAAACGAA